CUUUUUGAUGUGAUUUAGUAGUUGGAAAGGAGGAGAACCCAGUGCCAUAUGAUUCUGUGAACUUCUGACACAACCCCUUUGGGCCACCAAUGGACUACAGUUCAAAAAUCGCUGUCCUGUAAUCUCCAAGGAAUAUGGAAGAUACACAGGGAGGUAACCAACGUGGCCUUUAGAAAUAGCUGAAUUAUGCUUCAUUGUUUUUUUUCUUGUGGCUUACGCAUGGAGAAGUAUACGCUGCCUGUGAAACUUUGAAAAGCUUAACGGAAGUGAAACAGGAAGUCUGAUCCUUUCACAGUUUGUUGAUCUGUAAAGACGAGCUGAGUCUGUAAACUGACUUUCUACAACUGACAAAACAACUGGGGGGGGGAAAAAAUCUAGUUGGAAGGAGCCCCAAGAGAGGAGAUGCUGAGACGCCUGGACAGAGGAGAGAGCAAGAAUAGAGAGCAACUCACUGAACCCGUAAAAAGCAAAAGAGUUAACCAAUCAUCAAAAAAAAACAUUGGAAGGAACGAAAUGCUAUCCUGGAUGACAUCUUUCAACCAUUUCUUACAUAUUGUGUGGCAAAAAUUAGAGAGACAACUAAUAUUAGUCAUGUCUUUUCUCCUUGCUGCUCUCUGGUAUUGUAGAAGGCUCUAUGCAUACUUAGCACAGCUGUUGAAAUGGUGGAGCAGAUAUCUGCAGAGAAAAUUUAAAAAGAACCUCAGUGUACUGGCAGAAGUUGAUCUGCUUGGUUAUUGUGCAAAAGAAUGGAAAGGAGAAACCAAGCAGGCCAAGCAGAUGAAGGCGGCUUAUAAAGAACUAUUUUGGAGAUACCAUAUUAAAUAUAUACGACAAGUCAGAAGAGAUAACUACUGUGCAUUAAGAGCUGUGCUGUUUCAGGUAUUCAGCCAGGGCAUUUAUUUUCCAUCAUGGAUGAAGGAGCGAGACAUUUUAAAGCUCCCUGAAAAGCUUCUGUAUUCACAAGGCUGCAACUGGAUUCAGCAAUAUAGUUUUGGACCAGAAAGAUACACAGGCGCCAACGUAUUUGGAAAAUUACGUAAAUGUAUUGAAACGUUAAAGACACAGUGGACUGAAAUAAGUGGUGUUAAAGACCAUGACGAAAGAGGAAACAUGUGCAAUAUCCUUUUCUCUGAUGAAAGCAAGGAAUAUAAGCUGUAUGAGGCUAUAAAAUUCAUCAUGCUUUACCAAGUUGUGGAAGCCUAUGAACAGAUGAAGAAUGAGCAGAAACAUGUACCCAUCCUUUUUAGCCUCCUUUUUGCUCGUGAUACAUCAUCUGACCCUUUGAGUUUCAUGAUGAAUCAUCUGAAUUCCAUAGGGGACACGGGUGGUCUGGAGCAGGUUGAAAUGUUUCUUCUUGGAUAUUUACUUGAAGUAAAGAUAAGAGUUUACAGACUGUAUAAGUUUAACACUGAAGAGUUUAAAGUAAACUAUCCAGAGGAGUAUCACAGGGACUGGCAGGAAGUCUCUCUUCUGACUGAGGAUGACCGUCACUAUCAUAUCCCCAUUAUUAGAAUAUAAGACUGUUUUCUAACCAUGAAGUACAAGAAGUGACCAUCUCCAGUAAAUUAUCACCUUUAAGCCAAGUCCUUUGCCAGCAACAGUAAGAUGUCAAGUAACAUAAAAUAAUGACUACAGGACACACAGGUUUAUUAUGUUAACACUUUGCUUGCUUCUACUGACCCAUAUCACCUGUGAUCUGCCUCAGAAAAACAAAAAAUACAUAAUCAUACAAUCAGGACAAACUGGCAUAUUAGGGUCCUCAAAUGAAAAAAAUAGGGUAAAAUGCGUGUGAGAAAACAUUUUCACUAGAUACUUGAUAGUCACUUGUUGAACUAAGUCCAAAAGAUGUGUUGUGUAUAAACUUACAAUGCCAAAUGAUACCUAUUGUUUGUUUAAGAAGGGUGCUUCAGCCACUGACUUGGGAGAGAAACAAAAGCAAUAAUAAAAAGAAAUAACUUGCAGUAUAGCUUUACUCAAUGUAUACUCUUCCUCCUGCCCUCCCCCAUCUCUUCUUUUUGGAAGGGUCAGAUUUAAUGUUACCUGUCAAAAGUAUAUAAGGGAUCUUCUUUGCAAUUGGUUUGAGAAGGCUGUGCACUUCAGUGCAUUUACAAAUACUGGCUUUUCACAACGUUAACUCUCUGUACAUUAUAUACAUUUAGCAGGACUCAAUUUCCUAUGCUUUUUUUGUAUAUACGAUUUAAUAACUUUGAGUUACUUUCCUUAAUCUUGACAUCAAGUUUACUUCUAGUUUUUGAGAGUCUUAAGAAGUGUCCACUAUAACAAGCAAAUUGUCUUAAAAUGUGUUGAAAUAGCAGCAAAAUUAGGAAGCUUAACUUUAAUGAAAAUUAAAGUGAUAACAGUUUAGCAAUAUGUUUAUUUGUGGCAUAUGAACAUUAUCAUAAGUAAGGCUGCGAGUUUGUCGUGGAGGUCACGGAAGUCACAGAUUCCAUGACUUUGCAGGACCUCCAUGACAUUUGCAGCUUCACCAGCAGUCUUGGGCCACCGCGCCCCCUACCCCAGCAGCAGCAGCAGGAGUUCGGAUGUGGGAGGGGGCUCAGGGCUGGGGGUUGGUGCACAGGAGGGGGUGAGGGCUCUGGGUGGUGCUUUCCUCAGGGGGACUCCCCAGAAGUGGUGACAUCCCUCAGCUCCUAGGCGGAGGUGUGGCCAGGCAGCUCUGUGCACUGCCUCUGCCUGCAGACACCACCCCUGCAGCUCCCAUUGGCUGCAGUUCCUGGCCAAUGGAGCUGUGGAGUCGGCACUCGGGGAGGAGGCAGCACGCAGAGCUGCCUGGCCACGCCUCUGCCUAGGAGCUGGGGGAGGGGAAUGUCGCCACUUCCAAGGAGGCACGGAGCCAGGUAGGGAGCCUGCCAGCCCUGCCAAUCCACCCCAGCAUCUGCGGGGGGUCCCGUGCCGCACGCUGCUGCCUCCCACCCCAGCACUAAUGGUGGCCCCCGGGAUGCCCCCCACAGCACCGACGGGCCACACACUCCCAAUAUUUAGUCCGGGGUAUAUAGUACAAGUCAUGGACAGGUCACAGGCCAUGAAUUUUUGUUUACUGUCCAUGACCUGCCUAUGACUUUUACUAAAGAUACCCAUGCCUAAAACAUAGCCUUAAUCAUAAACUUCAAAUUAUUUGAGUCACUUCUCUAAUAAGAUUAUAUAUAAAGAGAAGAGUUUUUAAUAAGAAACAAACAAUUUUCCUUUAAAUAACAUUGAAAUUAUCUCCAAAGAUGCAUAUAAUGUUUCUCUUGUUCUCACAGGAGAUAAUUUACCAGAAUGAAGUGGUGAAUCAGGUCCUCAGGAGUUAAACCAAUUAUAUAUGCUUUGACUACAUAGAGACUGAGCUAUUCAUUUCUGUAAUGAAAAGCAAAUUUUUCCUCUUAUAUUUCUUUGCAUAUAUGUAUAUAUAUUUAUAAAGCAAACAUGGAUUUGGUGAGUACUGUAAUUGUUUCGUUUCCUGAAAGUUUUAUUGGAUUGUGGAUGGUUUGUUCAAUAAUUUGUAAUCUUUUAUUAAAACUGUUUGAUACAUAUUUUUUUCCUCUUACCAAAACCACAUUUCUGAUUAUAUUUUAUUUAUUAAAAAAACCUUUUUUCCUGAAUU